GAGAGCAGAUCUCACUUGAUGUCAAUUUUUCUUACUUAAUUAAGAAAGCCUCUUUGACGAGAGCAGAAAUCUCACAGCUAUGGCGAAGAUGGAGGAGGAAGAGGAAGGCAAAGAAGAGGGCAGCAGAGAUAAUCACGGCGGUGGGGAUAUCAUCGCUGAUGUCUCGGCUUUCGUCGGCGACCUCUGCAUGCCCACCUUUGCGGCCAUCUUCGACGCCAAGGAACGCAUCCUCCUCGUGGAAAGCGCGCUGCCAUCGAUUAUAAGAGGAUUGAAAACCUUAGCCUCAAGAAUGAAAAGAGAGAAGGAAUCAGUGAAGGAGCGGGAGGCGGCGCUCAAGAUGAAAGAAGAAUGGCUGAGUCAGCGGGAGAAGAGGUUGGGGGAGGGUGAGGAGAAGGUAAGAGAGAGGGAGGAGAAAGCGAACGAGAGGGAGGGGAAGCUGAGGGAGAAGCAGGACAAGAUCGGAGAGACGGAGGAGGGGGUGAGGGGGAUGGAGCAGAAGGUGAAUCAGAGAGAGGGAAGGAUGCGGGAAGAGGAGAAGAGGCUGAGAGAGAGCAAGGAGAGGCUGAGGGAACGAGAGGCAAGGGUCAGGGAGCUGGAGGAGAGGGUGCGAGAGAGGGAGCAGGGAGUGCGGGAAAACGAGGAGAGAGUGAGGAAAAGGGAGGAUAGUCUGAUCGUUGCCGAAGAGAAGCUGAAGGGUCAGAAGAAGCAGGUAGUGAAAGAGAUGAAGUUUUACAAAACACAGUACGUCUCGCUCCUGGCUUCAGCAGACUUCGCGAAGAACAAGGUGUCGCCCAGAACCCGGCCGGCGCACAAUAACGACCUGUCUAAUCUGGAGGAGGGGAGGGAUGGAAGGGAGUCUCCGUCUAUCCCGAUCCCGACGCAAAGGGGAAGGAGCGGUAGCGACAGAUCGGGGGCGGCGGCGGUCGAUGAUGUCCCUGUCUCACCGAAGAAGGCGAAUGGGGAUCGGCUUGCGUCAUCGCCGCUGAGUGGAGAGAGACGGGACGACGAGAAGAUGGGUGAUGGGAGCAUGAUAGGAGGAGGAGGGGUAGUAGGGGAAGGCGGGGAAGAAGGAAGAGAAUUGGGAGCAAGAGGAGGAGAGUGCACACCUGCUUCCCCUCUUCUGUCCCGACGAUCUUGGCCUGCAUCGUCAUCACCGAGUGGAAGAGAGGAACGGACCGAUGAGAAGGUGGGUGGUGACGAUAACAGGAUGGAAGGAGGAGGAGGAGGAGGAGGAGGAGGAGGAGGAGGAGGAAGAAGAGAAUUGGGAGCAAGAGGAGGAGGAGAGUGCACAUCUACUUCUCCCCUGCUGUCCCGACCAUCUUUGCCGGAGUCGUCGUUACUGAGUGGAAGAGAGAAACGAGGCGAUGAGAAGGUGGGUGGUGAUGGGAGCAGGAUAGGAGGAGGAGGAGGAGGAGGAGGAGGAGGAGGAGGAGGAGGAGGAGGGGGAGGUGGCGAAGGAGGACUGGAAUUGGGAGAAAGAGGAGGAGAGUGUGCAUCUACUUCUCCUCAGUCCCGACCAUUUUCAUCCAUAAGUGGGAGAGGAGAGGCGAUUGUCGUAGGAGGAGGGUCUCUGAUCGAAGCAGAGGGAGAUGAUAAGAUCGUGGUGGAUGGAAGUGGGAGAGAAACAAGUCAAAAAGGAGGAGGAGAUGGCGGCGGAGAAGGGAGAGCGGGAGUGGGCGGGAAGGAAGGAAACAAAUGGCCCUCUCCUUGUCCGACUGAUCCGUCAUCAUCCUUGAGUGAGGUGGAAGGCAAGGGUAUAGGAGAAGGGAGGUGCUUGGUGCACAGUCCCCCUGGUUGUACAGAUCCCGAUGCUCAGCAGAAGGUAAAUCCAUCAGCAAUGCCGGCAAGACCUGUGGGAGAUGCAGCGGUCGGGAUGGGGCGAGCACUUUCGGUGUCAGCAAUUGGGACUCAACCACCGGAGCAAGCUCAGAAGAAGCAGAGUCUGACACAUAACAGCAGUCUGUCCACUAGUACCAGCGUCUCCACCUCCUCCUCCUCCUCCUCUUUCUCCUCUCCGCUGAAUGAGAGGACAGUUGCCACGACUACCAAGCUCGCAGGUACCCACCUUCUUCCCACUCCACAUGUACUGGUUAAUGAGAAUAAGACACGUGUCGAUAUCGUCAUGCCAGCGCAAUGUCAAUCUCCAUCGCCUGAGCAACGCGAGCUUGCUUCUCCGAAGAACACAGUCUCUCGUUCUUGUGACAGUAAAACUGAGAAUGGUAAUACUAAUAAUAAUGCCAAUAAUAGAAACAACGCCAACGAGAACAGCAAGAACGACGGGAGUUAUUGUGGCAGAGCAACGAAGGUUGCGCGCAUCGUUAUUCCUCCCAUAGUUAUUGACGAAGACGACGACGUUGUGGAGGAUAGUGAUGAAGAGAACGGGAGAAGUGAACGGUCAGUGGAUGGGGCGAAGCCAGGAGGCAGUGACCAGAGCGGCGGAGAAUACGGGGGUCGGUCUUCGUCGUUGAAUCUCACACGGAUCGAGGCAAGGCUGAACGGUCGGGAUCGUCGCACGACGGCUGGCCAUCUUCUUCUUCAUCAGGACCGUUCGGUUGGCGAUGGAGGCAAAGAAGAGCAUGAUGGUGGAAACCUAUCAUUCUUUCCUAAUUUAGCCUUCGUUCCCAAUUUCCUGAAGGCUUACCUUCAGCGUAAGGAGGAGAAGGAAGAGAGCGAACAGAUGUACGACAAGCUGAACGAGGAGAUCAGAUCUGCAAGCUACAAGAAACAAUCCUGCUGCCUCAGGUCGUCGCCUCUUCUUGCUCCCACCACGGUCGCCGCAGCACCAGCAGCUAUGGUGGCAGCAGCUAUGGUGGACGAAGCUAUGGUGGAUCCAGCUAUGGUGGAAGCAGCUAUGGUAGAUGCAGCUAUGGUAGAUGCAGCUAUGGUAGAUGCAGCUAUGGUAGAUGCAGCUGUGGUGGAAGCAGUUGUGGUGGAAGCAGCUAUGGUGGAAGAGAAGGACGAUCAGUCGGCUGCGGGUAUUGUGAGAAAAGACGUCCGGUUGCCAUGUUGCACCGAGAAGGUGAGUACCCGGGCAGGUCUUCUUGCUAAUCGUGCUGUUGCUGCCAACUGCAUGCCUGACAAGACUUGUGCUGUCGACAAGCACAGGUCUGACACAUCUGCCGCUGCCGCGGCUGCUGCGGCGGCUGGCGCUCAGUGCAGCAGGCAUGACAGCUUGGCUGCUGCCACGUGUAGGCUCGGCACUGAUGCCGCCACGUGUAGGCCCAGCACCGCUGCUGCUACUGAUAAAUGCAGCUCCGCUCCGCCUGCUGUUGACAAAUGCAAGUCCGUUAUCUCUGAUGCGGCUGACGAGUGCAGAUCUGACGUCUCUGCUGCUGCUGGCAGCUGUGCGAGAGUUGGUGCGUCGGCUAACAAAAUGAGGAUUGACAUCUCUGCUGACGAUGUCAAAAAGCACAAUUGUGACACUUUGGCCGGUGCUGAGGAAUGCCAACCGGACGCCUCUGCUAUUGCGGCUGUCGACAAGGGCAGGUCUGACGCCUCUGCUAUUGCUGCUGCUGCGGCUGCCAAAAGCAGGAGCAGAUCUGAUGUCUCUAUAACUAAUCAUGCCACAACUAUGGAGGUGUGCGAUUUUGCGGGAACAGGCGGCGGACAUCUGCACCGUCCUUUGUCACCAGUACACAAGGACCCGCAGCAGGUUGCCCUCGAGCGAACCUCCGUAAAUCACGAAGAAGGUAAUCAGGCAGCAGACGGUGAAAGCAGCAGAAGACUGGCGAUGAAGGAGGACGGACGUAAUCAGGCAGUAGAAGGUGAUGAUAGCACCAGAAGAUUGGCGAUGGAGGAUCAACGGACGACGGGAAAUGAUGCGAGGAGAUCUAGAUGCUCGUCACACAUAGUACUUGCUGCUACCUCGGUGGAAGGCAAGACGCCUGCUGGAGGAAGAAGAAGAGAACCAGCAGCAACGAAGUUGCCUUCUGAUGAUGGCUAUGGAGGUGUUCUGGAAUCUUCAUCGAUCUAUCCUCCACGUUUACCUCCUAUUCAAGUAGCAGCAGAUGGGAUUGAUGAGCUCGAUGGCCGUCGUUCUGGAGAAGAAGAAGACGACUAUCUUGACAUUGUCAUCGACAGGAAGGAUGACACGUGCGGCCUGCCACGUGGCGGCUGUCUCAGGACGACAGCAAGGACGAUCAGGCCGAGCGGCCAGCUUGUCGCCGAUGGUGUCGCUGAUGCCUUCCAGUUUAACGAGUGUAAAAAUGCUUUCUGUAUGGACACGAAGGGAGGAGGAGGAGGAGGAGGAGGAGACCCCUCUGAGUGCUGUCAACGUGGAAUCGAGGUCGCCUCUACUGUUGUGACACUCCUCCCUCCUGUGACGAACUCGGCACAGCCGCCGUCGUGCUCACUUCCUGCUGAACCUGGUCCGACGACGGGGUGCGCCCGCGGGAACGAUGCAGCUCUGCGCGCCAAUGGUACAGUAGAUGAGGUUGGCGAUCCCGACGCUGGAAUCAAUGACAGCGAUUGCACCACGUGCUUGCCUCCCAACCUGCAACAACUCUUCGGAGUAUUUCACGGAGGAGCAGGAGGGGGUGUAGAGGAGGGAGAGGGCAAUCACAGGGAUCGUUGGGAUGUUACCUAUCCUUCUCAUCCAACACGCACCAUCCUCGGAUGUCCCGAUUCCCAGCAAGCGAAUGAUGAGCACAGCAAAUCCGUAGGAGGAGGAGGAGGAGAGGGGGGGAAUCCCGCGCUCGGUCCGGAUUCAGCGAAGAUCCCGAUGGAUGGUGUCGCCGAUCAUGGUGCUGGAAUAUAUGAAGACGACAGUGCCACGUGUCUGCCUCCCAGUUUGCAACACUUGUUCGAAGGCGAAGAACGCCAGGCCGGCGUUCACCCGCGGCUUACAAAUACCACCAUCCCACGUGCGGAGGACACGUGCCAGCGAGAUCCUUCGGCUUCCAUUCAUCUGGCUGAUCCUUCGUCUUUGGUGGACAACGAGCGCUACAAGGUUGGAGGAGGAGGAGGAGGAGGAGCAGGACUAGUAGAGGUAGGAGGAGGAGGAGGAGGAGGAGGACGAGUAGAGGGAGGAGGAGGAGGAGGAGGAGGGGGACCAGGAAGAGGAGGAAGAAGACCUUUCAUCCCUCCGGGUGAUCCUUCCUCUGUGGUGAACGACGAGCGGUACAAGAUUGACGGAGGAGGAGAAGGCGGCGGAGGAGGAGGAAGCCGAGGAGAGAGAAUUGAUGAGACGGACCUGUCAGGAGGAGAGAAGGGGGCAGAUGGAGUAGGAGGAGCAGAUAGACUAGGUCCUCCUCCCCUUCAUCUUCCGUCUAAUUUGUCCAACCAAGCUGAGGCAGAGUGCUUUGACGGUCCUGUUCGACGGCAUGAUGACCCUCGUACGAUACCACUUCAGGAGAUCGAUCCUCCCCCCUCCUUACACGCGGGCAAGCGUGCUCACCUGCGUUGGAACGAGUACGGUUACAGUGGCGCUGGUGUGCGAGAAGGUCGACGUGUGGAAAAGCAUUCUCUGACAGCAAAGAGUGUCCCAUCCCCAAGGCCCAAGUGGAGGACCACCAGAUCUCGGGCCGCUUCUCCAUCGAUGCCACGUGGCGCAUUCCCCUCCUCUGAGAAAGGAAACACAAGCAACAGGGGUACCUCGUCGACUUCCUCUUCCCGUUUUGGUAAACCCACCAUCGUUCCCAUUCUCUUUGAAAAUGCCAAUGAUAAACUUGACGACCCUCACGAUGACUUCUUCAACACCCCCCUCAUGAUGAUGGCAAAGGACAUAUUGGAGCAGAAGCAGAACCAGGGUCAAUACCAGGACCAGAAUCCGUGCCAUAACCAAGACCAGGUGCACAACCCGAGUCACGACCCCAGUCACAACCAGAGUCACAGCCAGAACUUGGAGUCAGGAUGCGGGAGAUUAGGCCGGGAAUCGAGUAGCACUGGGGUUUGUACACGUGGAUCCUUGUCGAAGUCUUUUCAGGACGCAGUUCCUGUAGCAGCUGCUGCUGGUGCUGGUGCCGCCUCUGUUGCCACUGUUGGAAGUAAGAGAAACAGGGGGGUGGUAAUGGCAGGAGCAGCAGCAGAAGGGGGGGUAGAGGACGAUAGCCCCUCGGGAGACAAAAGGAGGCUUCUGCUUCGGCCUUUAUUGGCCUCAGAGAGUGUGGCCAAGGCGGGCGUCACAGGGGGAAAUGCAGCCCGUGUGCCGGAGAAGGGAGGUGGUCGUGACCCGGGGAGGGCUUCUGCUACCAGUAGCCGCAAGGGUGCGUUAGGCGGGAGACCGACAUACAAGUUUGUGGAGGUGGUGAGGAAGAAAAGCGAGCGGGAGCUCCUACAAGGAGUGGAAUGCAAAUCCUGCAAAAAGUUCUAUGAUGCUGUGUGGGAUGGCAAAGAUGCUGGUGGUAAUGAAGUUGGGAGUAGGGGACACGCCAGCAGACCACGUCAGCAGGCCACGUCAGCAGGCCACGUCAGCAGGCCACAUCAGCGGACAGAGCAGGAAUACCACGUCAGCAGGCCCCCGGCCUGGUACAUGCUGUUGCGGUCACAGACAGCCGUCAUGGACCAGAGGCCCGGUGAAGCAGACGAGGCCUAUCAGGCCCGGAUGCUGGCUUGGAAUACCGAGACAAAGAAACGGGCAGAUGACGUAGCUGCAGCAGCGAAGAAGAAGGCAGAGGAUGUCGAGCAGGCACGUCUGCUGACACUUGAACAACAGCGCCAGCAUGACGAGGCAGCAGCAAGGGCUGCUGAUGAAGAAAGGAACCAACGUCGUGAGAAAAUAUUUAGCGGAGAGCAGACCUUGUUCACAAUGGCAGCGAAAUGGCGGACCAAGGCUGAGAAUGGAAAGUUGGAGGAUUGCGAAAACAAGAUCGCUCUCCUCUCGCAUCUCACAGACCUCCUGGCUACAUGCAUUACGCAGCAGGAGGAUAUCCACAACCUCGACGGCUCGCUAGCUAAAGUACAAGGCCGCCUUCAGCAGCUGGAGCAGCGACCUGUUGCCGCACCCGAUGCAAGCUCUUCCAAUACCUCUGAUCGCCUCGAAGCAUUGGAGAUGCACGUCGGCUCCCUCCAGGACGACGCACAGUUACAGCAGACCGCGACGCAACAGUUGCAGCAGCGGAUCUGUGCCACCGCCAAUACCUCGAGUCCGGAGCCACGCGAGACAACUCCAAAGUUUGACGGGCAAGAGAUCUUCUGCCACUCGAUCAAGACAGAUCCGAUUCCAUGGUUUCGCAAGUUCGAGCUCACGCUGCAGCUCCACAACGUCAAAGAACACAAGCACCACACAUACUUGUACUCUCGCUCAGCGGCCGCGUGCCAGGCUUGGUUGGACAACCUCUUAUCCAAGUACGGAGUGGUAGCUGCCGACUUGCACACCAAGAUCAGUUGGGAUGAUCUGAAGGCCGCGUGGCACAAGCGGUUCCAGGUUGAGCUGUCGGAGAUCAAAGCUAUGGACAAGCUCAUGGUCUUCGAACAAGGCACGGUGCCGAGUACCGACUGGAUCGCCGAGUACCAACGCUUGACGUCAGUCCCAGACAUCCAGAUGGGCUUCAAAGCCACCCGCCACUACUUUAUCUCAAGGUCAUGUCCGACAUUAAGCAAUGCCAUGACUCAUGUUGAGGACACCUUGACGACAACGGCGGAACUUUUUGACAAGGCCGCGCAGAUCAUCAUUACGAACAAGGAGGCGAAGAAUCUGCGUUCGUCUGCGGCAGGCCCGAGCAGGGACCAGCAUCGGCCAAGAGUGGCCGUGGUCGCAGCGGCAACGCCAUUGGACCAAACCAGCGAGGUUGUGUCUGCUAGUGAAGGAGACAGACUUGCAGCCGCCCAGGAAGGAGAGAUGAGUUUCUUGUAGCAUUAUUAUGUCUGCAGGCGUUUUGUUUUUGACUGUUAAACCUUGGAUUAUGUCAUUCCACUUUUCUUCUUUGUCUAUGAUAUUUCCCAAACCAUUCACGUUCCAUGACCUGAUGACGAUUCCUUGGUCUUUCCAGCCCCUCCGGGCUUCCCUCUCGUUGGCCUUCUUCCUGAAACUCUCCAUCCUCUGAUUACUGUCAGGUUAGAGCGGUAUAAUUGUAGUUUAAUGAAAGCUCUACGAAGGU